UGACAUCUGACAUUUACGUGACAACACGUCGAAAAUGGCUGACUCGGGGCCAAGUAAAAGCGAUAUUGAAGCAGUUUUUCAAAGAUUACGAGCCAUACAGGCUAAUAAAGUAUGUUUCGACUGCAACGCGAAGAACCCUACGUGGUCGUCGGUGACGUACGGGGUGUUCAUCUGCCUGGACUGCUCCGCCGUGCACCGCAGCCUCGGCGUGCACCUCACGUUCGUGCGCUCCACGCAGCUCGAUACCAACUGGACAUGGAAGCAGCUGCGUAACAUGCAGCUGGGCGGGAAUGCGAACGCCACUCAGUACUUCCGCACACACGGUCUGAACACGGAGGACGCGCGGCAGAAGUACAGCUCGCGCGUGGCCGAGAUGUACCGCCAGAAGCUCAGCACCAUGUCUGAGCAGGCCAUGAAGACCUACGGGACCAAGCUCCACAUAGAGCCAGCGCCGGCAGAGGUCAAGGAAACAAAGGAGGUAGAGUCGGAUUGGUUUGCCGAGACCACCGCCACCUCGCUCACCACUAACUCUAACCUGCAUGCCGCACCGCAGGUGGACAACAAACCGGAGGCGCUGAGCUCCGGGCAGAGGCUGUGGGAGUCCCCCGCGCAGGCCACCGCGCGCAAACCUCAACCCAAGCGAACCACGUUGGGAGCCCGCAAAGGCGGCCUGGGCGCCACCAAGGUCGCCGCCAACUUCGAGGACAUGGAGCGCGAGGCCGUGCUGGCCGAGAAGCUGAAGGCCGAGGCCGCGCACGCGCAGGCCUCCGCCGGCCUCGAGCGCGUCGAGCGGGAGGUGGCGAGUCUGCGGCUCGCGUACCACGCCGGCGGCAAGCCGGAGGCCGACCGGCUCGGGAUCGCGGCCGCGCACAGGGGGACCUCGCACGGCGUGUCACAUUCGGCCACGUCCGAUAUGACAACGAUAGAACAGGAAGGCGCGCCCGCGAACAACACGAGGUCUACGCUGGACGAACUCGAUGACUUCAACUCCGUCUUCACAAUGAUCAGGAACGAGCCGUACAGCAGCGGGCGCGGGCUGGAGGCGCUGGCGGCGGGCGACACGCACGGCCGCGCCAAGCCUCUCUCCGCCUCGUGGGAGAACAUCGAGCCGGAACCGUCCCGCCAGGUGCACACGAUGUUCUCCCCGGCGGAGGCGCGGGCGGCGGCGGCGCCCCCGCGCGGCGCGCGGCGCGGGCAGCCCGCGGAGGAGGACGAGGCCGUCAAGAAGUUCGGCUCCGCCAAGGCUAUCAGCUCGCAGCAGUUCUUCGGGGAACAGGACAACCGUUUCGAGCGCGACGCGAACCUGUCCCGGUUCCAGGGCAGCAGCAGCAUCAGCUCCGCCGAGUACUUCGGCCGCGCCGAGCGCCCGCCGCGCCCGCCGCAGCUGGACGAGGUGCGCGAGUCGGUCCGCCUGGGCGUGACCCGCGUGGCGGGACGGCUGUCGUCGCUGGCCAACGGCGUCGUGUCCUCCAUCCAGGAGCGCUACGGGUACUGAUGCGGCCUCCACAC